UCUUUUUCUACGCGUUCUCCAACAUAACAGAGCUCCCUGCUCCAACUCUAAUUGCUUCUCUAUACGAGCUCAUUGGUGCGUGGCUAGCACUAGCAGAAGCGAGCGCGUUGUUAUUCAGACGAAACGCUUUUUGGCGGCAUCGCUUCAGUUGGAAGAAGUACAAUCUGGGCAACUGUUUUCCGAAAUCUCUCAGUUAUGUAUAAAAAAACCAUCAACCUCUUCCUCUCCCCCUCCUUUUUACUGUAACCGCUUCUCUCUCUCUCUCUUCGUCUUCCUCAAACCCUAGCUAACCUGAUUUCUGUUCGUCUCUGCCAUUUUUUUCACGUCGUCGUCCAAAGACUCAUUUCACUGAACGAGCCAACCAUGGUAGCUUCUUCGAACUUUGAUCGGCGCUUGACGAAGCAAGUUUACGACAACGUUCACCGAAACAUAUUUCUCGAUCCGCUCUGUUUGAAGUUCAUCGACACUGAACAGUUUCAAAGGCUUCGUGAUCUAAAGCAGCUUGGUUUGACACACAUGGUUUACCCUGGGGCUGUACAUUCUAGAUUUGAGCAUUCACUUGGGGUGUAUUGGCUGGCUGGUGAAGCUAUGAAUAAACUUGCAACAUAUCAAGGGACGGAGCUUGAUAUUGAUGGUGAUGAAAUACAGGCAGUCAAACUUGCUGGACUACUUCAUGAUGUCGGGCAUGGGCCUUUCAGUCACUUAUUUGAGCGUGACUUUCUUCCCCAGUUUCUUAAUGGCCAGAAAUGGUCUCAUGAGGACAUGUCAGUAAGGAUGAUAGACUACAUUGUUGAUGAGCACCAUAUUGAAGUGGAUCCUACAAUCCUUAACAAAGUGAAGGAAAUGAUCACUGCCAGUUCUGAAAAUGUGCCAGGAAAAAGUGCAAGGGAAAAAAGUUUCUUAUAUGAAAUUGUUGCAAAUGGACGUACUGGAAUAGAUGUUGACAAGUUUGAUUACAUUGUUCGAGACACUCGGGCUUGUGGUCUAGGCUGCAGUUUUCAUUUUGAGAGGUUAAUGGAUGCUAUGCGAGUUAUGGACAAUGAGAUAUGCUAUCAUAAUAAUGAUUAUCUAACAAUCCACAAGAUAUUUGCCACUCGUGCUGAUUUACAUCGAACAGUCUAUACACAUGCCAAAGUGAAGGCUAUAGAGCUCAUGGUUGUAGAUGCUCUGGUGAAAGCAAAUGAUUUUUCUAGAAUUGCUGCUAGGGCUCAAGAUCCAGCUUUGUUUUGCGAGUUAAAUGACUCAAUUUUGAAAUUUAUUGAGUUCUCUUCUAACAAUGAGCUCAAGGAGUCUAAAGACUUGAUCAAUCGCAUUCGUAGAAGAGAUCUGUACAAGUUCUGUGGUGAGUUUUCUGUUCCAAAGGAUAAACUAGACCACUUCAAGGACAUAACUUCCAAAGAUAUAAUUUGUUCCCAGAACUCUGGUCCUGUGGAACUCAAGGAAGAAGAUGUUGCUGUUAGCAUUAUUAAAAUUGAUUUGACAAAUGGAAGAAAUAGCCCUCUUGAAAGGAUCAAUUUUUUCCAGGAUGUGGAGAGCAAUGAAAAAUUUCCAAUCCAAGAUGACCGCAUCAGUCACUUGCUUCCUUCAUCUUAUCAAGAUAUGAUCGUGAGGGUGUACGCAAAGAAGCCUGAACUGGUUGAAGCGGUUUCUGAGGCUUUUGAAAAUUUUCAGCGAAAGACAUAUGGGACGAUUCUACAGGUACAUGCAACUCCAGAGAGGAAGAAACAUAUGCGGUAAAUGCAAAAAUUGCGCCCUUGCAUCUUGCUUUUGGGAGAUGUAUAGACUUUUUCUUGCAGGCCAAAAAUAUCAAUAAAGCUGAGCUAAUUGUGUAUAUAUUCCACUUAUCUGAAAAUAAUCAAACUUCUACAAUCUAAAUACUUAGAAUAGAAACUGUGGAAAUUCACAUUUCGGUCUCUCGCUUGGUCUUACCUGCGUGUGAGCAAGCUUAUGCAUCGAAGUACUUCAAUAGAAACUAUGCAAGUUUCAGUAGAAA